AUGGAGCCAAAGCCCAAAUAUCCAGAUAGUGAACACUUCACAAUGAUACAUAGGUUUCAUGGAAUAAGAUUCCUGAUAGCUGUUUCGCAGCUAAAAGUACUUAAGACUAGCAUAACUGUCACACUUGUACCCACAUUUUAUUAUUUUUACCUGCAGGAACAAGUGCAAUAUGUUCUCCUUGCUUUUAUGACUGGAUUAUCAGAUUUUGCUGUACUCAUGCUUUAUUUCAUGAUUUGGAGAUGCCGAUUAGGGUAUUAUUUAAGACGAUUCAUAGGAAUGCUGUAUCUAAAUGGCUCUAGAACCGCUCUAAAUGUUUCACACUUGACCUUUUGGAGAAGAAGAGUUGAUUUUUAUGUUGCUGUUCAAGAUGUCAUGCCUCUUGGAAAUACAGGGGACAUAGCAAAUGAAAUUAUUUUACAGUUUAAACAAUAUAACAAAACUGAGAUUUAUUUCACAAUUAAGUUUGGGCAGGUAGUUGAUAAGCAAAAAUUCCUUCAAGUAUUUGGUAAUAAUUAA